AUCAUAACAAUACACCCAAUUCAAACCCUACAUACAUUAUCUCCAUCAUCACCAAGCAAAACAAACAAAAAAAGAAACCACCUUUCAAAAACAUCAAAACCAAAACAUUAACAUUAACAAAAACAAAAAAACAUUUGAUCUAUCUAUAAGUUUUCUCUCCUCCUCAAGGCCUAGGCCUUCACCAACCUACCACCAUGUCAAUGCUCCAAACCGAUGAUCAAAUCAAACAAUUAAACGACAUAUUCAAGCGUUUUGACAUGGAUUCCGACGGCAGCCUAACCCACCUCGAGCUCGCGGCACUCCUCCGCUCCCUCGGCAUCAAACCAACAGGCGAUGAACUUUAUGCCCUACUCAACAACAUGGACAACAAUCACAACGGAUACAUCGAAUUCGACGAGCUUGUUAAUGCUAUUAUGCCCGACAUGAAUGAGGAUGUUCUCAUCAAUCAAGAACAACUUUUGGAGGUUUUUCGCUCGUUUGAUCGCGAUGGUAACGGUUACAUCACCGCGGCUGAGCUUGCCGGAUCCAUGGCAAAGAUGGGCCAUCCUCUAACAUACCAUGAGCUUGCUAACAUGAUGGCUGAAGCUGAUAGCAAUGGUGAUGGUGUUAUUAGUUUCAAUGAGUUUGCUACCAUUUUGGCUAAAUCAGCUGCUGAUUUUCUUGGUGUUAAGGUGCACUAGAUAUAUGAUUAAUCAACCUUCUUGAUGAAAGUUAAAUCAUGGAGUUUUAUUUCUGAAAACUUUUAUUGUUUUUUUUUUCUAAUUGUUAUUAGGUUAUUGGUGUUAAGGAGGAAGAAAAAGAUUAAAAAAAAUUGUCGAACCAUAAAAAAGAAUUGAAAAACAAUUAAAUAUGUUUGACAUGAAAGUUGACUACUAAUUGUUGUAAUGUAAUUUGUAUAUAUCUAAUCAGUUUUUGUGAAUGCAGUUGUUAUUGAUCUAAA